UUGGGAUAUGAUAUGACGUUAUGAUUGUGCUGACUUAGCUAGUUAUUGUUGAAGUGUUGAGUGUAUAUAGAGUGAAGAUGAGUGAACAAAAAAUCAAAGCUCAUAAAUGUGCUCUAUUAGAGUAGUUCCCACUUUCACACAAACGCUCUGGUAGAUAUCUACGGAGUACCCUCAUUCUCUCCACAACUGUUAAAACGAGCAAUAAAGCGCAUCGAAUGCCAAAAAAGAAAAAGAAGCAAAAAGGUAGAGAGAAAACCAUAAGCCUAGCAAGCACAAACGGUAAGCAAGGUGUGGAAAUUUAAAGCAGGUGUAAUCGGAAAACACUUUCUUGGAUCCGCUAGACCAACAACCUGUGAGUGAACAAGCCUACCAUAUUUCAUUAUUCCAUCAAAUUUUGACACCAAGGUACUUCUUUAUUUUAUUUUAAUUUCAAAUUUCUUCUCUUAAUUCAGUCAACCUUCUUUUAUUUAUUUUGGUUAUUCUACUGUUCAUUUUCGUUCAUAUAAUUUCAACUUUUAAUUUAUUCAUUUUAGUUCUACAAGUACUUUCAAACGUUCAUUUUAGUGUAUUUAUUUUUUAAAGUUCACUAUUAUGAUCUAUAUUGGUCAUAAACUUUUAAGAUAUGAGAUAUUUGUCAUUAAAUAUACAAGGAAGAACUAGAAGUUCAAGUGUUUAGUUUGCAUAUGAAUUUUGAAAAACAGACUUUAAAUCAGAUUAAAAUUAUUGGGAGACAAAUAUAAUGACCAGUAAUUUAUGAGGACAUUAUUGUAGAAUUCCAAAAACAAAAAACAUAUUACUAGAAUAAUAUUCAUUUAUUUCAGUUUUCAAAACUAUGUAUGUAUUUAUGUAAGCACAAAUAGUGUUUAGAAGUAAUUCUGAGGCGAUAUAGCCCACGUUUCUAAAUUUUCAGGUUAAAAAAUAUAAAUAAUGAAAAAAAUGAGAAAUAUGAAUAAGCAUAGAAAUUUUAAAUAUAAGUUAUGGAAUUUGCCCAUUUUACAAUAAUAUAAAUAAAUUAAGAUGAUUUUUGCAGGGUGUUUGUUUGAAGGAUAUUUGGAAACUUGGGUGUGUUAUCAAUUCCAAUAGAUGGAAAAUAGUGAGAUAAUUGAAACGAAAGUUGAAAACGACAUAUGUGAUGAUGAAUUGGGGGAAACAAUUAGUGAGAUUGAAAAGGUUUGUGAUAAUGUUGUGAUAUCCAUUGACAAAAUAUUGGGAGGACUACCUCGGAUCAAUCCAAAAUGCCACAUUAUAUAUCAAGUUUCAAAAGAGUUACGGGAGAUGAAUGAUAAAGCCUAUGCCCCUCAAUUCAUUUCCAUCGGCCCUUUUCACCAUCGCACUCGAAAUGAUUUGAUAGCUAAUGAACAUUAUAAGCUUCAAGGUUUUAAUAAUUUUCUACAUCGUAUAAAUAAUUAUGAGCAGAUUGAAUCAUCAAAGGAGUUUGUGAAAAAAUGUCAUGGUUGGGUGAAAGAAGCUUGGAAUUGCUAUGCAGAACCAAUAAAUAUGAAUGAGGAGGAGUUUGUUCUAAUGAUGCUUGUGGAUGCUUGUUUCAUACUCGAGUUUUUUAUACUACUAAUUGAUGAUCACUAUGGUGGUGAUUAUCUAUUUGAAGCAGAUCAAAUAUUUCAAAUUCAAGACAUGGUAGAUUUUUCAUUCUAUCGAGGGGUAUUCUUUGAAAUACUUAUUGACUUGAUAAAGUUGGAAAAUCAAGUCCCUUUUUUUCUUCUUCAAAAUCUUUUUGACUUGAUGCCAAAACAUGAUGUGCCUAUGUUCCCCUCCUUGAUAGAUAUUACAAGUGAGAUUCUUACGUGGUUUGGGUUCGUUGGUAAAUAUAAGAUCAAUGAUUUGUAUCAUAAAAAACCAAAGCACUUGCUUGAUUUUUUAAGUUUUUACUUCUUUCCCUUGCUCCCUAAUGAUGAUCAUAUACGGUUCAAGCAAAAUGAGAGAAAAAAUAGUGAUCAGAACAACAAUAAUUUGUUAAGGUUCUUUCGCCCUCUCUUUCCAGCUCAUUGGCUUAAGAAGAAUAAUGAUUCCUUUGGUGUCCCGUCCUUGUGUUGUUUUUCAAAUAAGGAGGCAGAGACUCGUGAGAAAGACAGUGAGAAUUAUUUCAGAUUAAGUCCUCCAUCUAUAACUGAGCUAUGCGAGGCAGGUGUUACCAUCAAAGCAGCAAAAAGAGAAGAUUUAUGUUUCAUGAACAUAGGCUUCAAAAAUGGGGUUUUGGAAAUCCCAUGUAUAGAUAUUGACUGUACCUUCGAAGUCGUGAUACGAAACGUGAUAGCAUUUGAUCAAUACCCCGCUGGAAAUGAGAAAAUGUAUGCAAUCCACUAUGUGUUAUUUCUGGAUGAUUUGAUAAACACAGAGCAAGAUGCACAUUUACUUACGAAGGCGGGAAUAAUAAUCAACACUUUUGGCGGCAGUGAUAAAGACAUUACAGAAAUGUUUAACCGUUUCUCUAAAUUUGUAACCUUCCCAAUUUGUUCCCACUUCGAUGAUAUCAACAAAGCUUUACGUAUGCAUUGCAAUGGAAGAUGGAACAUGGCCAAAGCUUCACUGAAACACAACUACUUCAAUACGCCAUGGGCUAUUAUCUCCUUCGGUGCAGCAACUUUCCUCAUUAUUCUUACCAUCCUUCAAACCAUAUUCUCCGCUAUCUCUACAUUUCGCAACUAAGAUGCUUUUAAAUGCAUAUUGUCGUUAUUAGAUUAUUGAAUAUAUAUUAUUUUCCUUUCUUAUUAAAAUUGUGCCAUAUUAGCAUGGAUUCUUAAGUGGUUUUGGUUUGUUCGUAAAUAUAAGAUCAAUGACGAUUUGUAUCAUAAACAAAACAAGCUUGGUUUUAUAUAAGAAGGGGAUUAUAUUGCUGAUCCUUUCCUUUAA